AUGGGUCGUCGCCCGGCUCGCUGUUACCGGUACUGUAAGAACAAGCCGUACCCUAAGUCUCGCUUCUGCCGCGGGGUCCCCGAUGCGAAGAUCCGCAUCUUCGACCUGGGUCGGAAGAAGGCGAAGGUGGACGAGUUCCCGCUGUGCGGCCACAUGGUGUCGGAUGAGUACGAGCAGCUCUCGUCGGAGGCCCUGGAGGCCGCACGCAUCUGUGCCAACAAGUACAUGGUGAAGAGCUGCGGCAAGGAUGGCUUCCACAUCCGCGUGCGCCUGCAUCCCUUCCACGUUAUCCGCAUCAACAAGAUGCUGUCCUGCGCAGGCGCCGACCGCCUCCAGACCGGCAUGCGCGGCGCCUUCGGGAAGCCGCAGGGCACCGUGGCCCGGGUCCACAUCGGCCAGGUCAUCAUGUCCAUCCGCACCAAGCUGCAGAACAAGGAGCACGUGGUCGAAGCCCUGCGCAGGGCCAAGUUCAAGUUCCCCGGCCGCCAGAAGAUCCACAUCUCCAAGAAGUGGGGCUUCACCAAGUUCAACGCCGAGGAGUUCGAAGGCAAGGUGGCGGCAAAGCGCCUCAUCCCCGAUGGCUGCGGAGUCAAAUACAUCCCGGAACGUGGUCCUCUGGACAAGUGGCGGGCCCUGCAUUCCUGAGGACUUUGCUGGCAGACAAGUAGCACAAGUGAUGGUUAUGGUUUGAACGAGUUUGUUCCGUUUAUAGCGUAUAGGACGUUAGUUUGCAUAGUAUAGAACCUUUCGUUGGACAGUGCCUGCCUUGUUUAAGGGACAAAAAACUGCGGUUUAUAGACAACGCAUUUGCUGUUUUGAACCAUCUACUUUAAAGCUUUGGAGUGAACAUUUGUUUAGUGAAGGCAUAAAUGAAGCUGUUAUCUUGGAUUCAGAGUGCUAGAGGAGUUGGAAGAUCUGUGUGGAAUUAUAUUUCGAGUGUAUCUUUAAAACUAACAUAUCUAAAUUUGGCUGUUUUGCUAUAAAUUUGUCUAUUAUUUUUAGAUUUACCUGUAGCCUCAGGUUAUCAAUCUUGGAACAGUUGGGUAUACUGAAAAGAUAUUUUCUAGACAUGCCUUACAUUGUCCUGCACUCAGGAGACAAGAUCCAAUUUUUUCUUCAUCACAGAAAGGUUAUAGGUGACAACAGGGUUCAUAUUGCUUGUGUUUGGGUCCCGGUAGAAUCAGCAAAGAAGAGAAAAUGACACUAAAUCAGCCAUUUGCUUUGAGGGGGCCUGGGGGAGCAUCUGUAAUCUGUUGCUGUUUGCCCUGUAUUAGAGUUCCAUUGAUCACACGGGUGCUUUCUGUUUUAUUUAGAAAUGAUAUAACCUAAAAUUACUGAGCUUAUGCUGUUUAGUUUGUGGUUAGCUUACCUGGUCUUUGACUGAGACCUCUGAAUCUUAAUCCUGGAACUUCAGCCUCCGGUUUUCCUCCACUAAUGACAUUUUCAGAGGAAGCCGGAUAGGGGAACUAAAGUGCAUGGUUACAUUGCUUAAUGUUUGCGUUUAUAUGCCUUCCUUAGUCAAAUGGCACCGCAUCUGACUUGUCCCUGUAAGUUACUUGUGUGUUUUAUACUUAGUUGCUAUGACAAUAUUCAUGUUAUAGGUAGUUCUCAACAAAUAACACAAAUUCAUUAAAAAGGCUCUAACAGAAGUACUUACCUUGUUGUUUCACUGAGUGCUCUGAGAACUCUUGAAACUCUAGGAAGUUACAUCAUGUGCACUUAAUAAAAGGAAACG